AUGUCUUUCGUUACUCCAUCAACUCCAACCAAAAGCAAACCUAAUACCAGCCAAUUGCAGACAUCCGUCACAGCUGCUCAACAGCACCAUAAUUUGGAUGACAUCAACAUGUUACUCUAUCUGGAUGCCUUGAAACGCAAGACGGACAAUGAAAAUGCUGUAAUGCAAAAAAUCGAAGAAUCCUACAAAAUCUAUCAGAAAAGACGUCACGAAUAUACCCAUUUGUAUUCACGCUAUGUGGAACUACUGAAAAAGGCUGGCACUCGUCGUGUGCUAAAGGAACAUUGCUUGGGGGAAAAUAUGAAUCUUGCAAAGGCCAUGGAAGAUGCCCGCAACAUUAAGGAUAAACUUAACAGUGGCAGUGCCACCGACUACAUUGAUAAGGAAGAGUUGGAGAAGUUCAAGAAACUGCUGUCUUCGGGAAGUAAACAUGAAAAUCUUAAACAAUUGCGUAUGGAAAUUACAGAUUUGAAAAUUGCCACCAAAGCUAUCCAGACGUCGAUUGAAUCUACAGAAGCGGCCCUUGAUAAUGGUACAAAUCAGAGUUUAGAUCUUUUCACCGAAGAGUUGGAUAUGGAAAAUUUCCCCAAUUUGUAUAGAAUGCAUGAAAUGGAAAAUUAA